GACGGCACGGGACGGGGCUGCUGCCCCUCAGAGGCCGCGCAACUCAGCCGGCUGCGGCCAUGGCUUUCGGGAAGGUUCCGAAGGAUCCUUUCGGCACCGCCGUGGGCAGCCUGGUGGAGCGGGCGACGUUCGGAUCGCUGCAGACGGAGGAGUGGGGACAGUUCAUGCACAUCUGCGACGUGAUCAACGCGACGGAGGAAGGGCCUAAAGAUGCUGUCAAAGCACUAAAGAAAAAGCUUUCAAAAAACUGUAACCAUAAGGAGAUCAGGCUUACCCUGUCUCUGCUUGACAUGUGCAUAGAGAACUGUGGCCCGAGAUUCCAGUCUCUAGUUGUGAAGAAAGAUUUCUGUAAAGACAAGCUGGUGAAACUACUGAAUCCAAGGUACAAUCUGCCAAUUGACAUGCAGGAGAAAAUUCUGACCUUUAUCAUGACGUGGGCCCAAGGGUUCCAGGGAAUGGUGGAUGUGAGUGAAGUGAAAGAAGUUUAUCUAGAAUUGCUGAAGAAAGGAGUGGAGUUUCCAUCUUCUGACACCUGCAGAAGGGGACCUAAGACUUCAUCCCAGCCUUCUACAAAGUCAUCACCAUCUUCUGCUAAUCCUGGAAAAUGUUCUUUACUGCCUCUUCCCACUGGCCCAACAUUGUUGUUGACUCCUGAGCAGAUUGGGAAACUGUACAGUGAACUGGAUAUGGCAAAAAUGAAUGUGAGAGUCAUGUCUUCCAUAUUAAGAGAAAAUGUUCCUGGCUCUGAAAAUCCUGAUGAUAUGAAUCUUCUACAGAAAUUGUAUAAGACCUGUCGGAUGAUGCAGGAGAGGAUCAUGGAGUUGUUGGUGGCAGUGGAGAAUGAAGAUGUGAUAGUGGAAUUAAUACAAGUAAAUGAAGAUCUGAAUAAUGUCCUCCUGGGACAUGAAAGGUUCUCUCGAAACAGAGUUCGGUUUUUGGAGAACCAGAGAAUCCAACGGGAACGCACAGAGCUGUACAGGAAACAGCCAUCUGCUCCCUCCAGUGAUCUACUUGACCUCUCAGUGGAUGCUGCAUCCCCUGUGCCAGCCCUGAUGCAAACUGACUCUGCAGUGUCUCCCUCAGGCCUCAAUUGCCUCUCUGCACACCCUGAAGAUGAGAACAGGCACCAUCCAUCAAUUUAUCCACAGAUAGAAUUAGCAACUGCUGCAAAAGCUCAGCAAUUCCCAUUUGCAACUGAAGCACAAAACAAUAGCGUAAGCAGCCCAGCUGGACACACAUAUAGCAAUCUGGCAACUCCUUUAAGCCCAGUGCCUCUGAACCCAGUAAAUCUGCAGGCUGGACAUCCUACAUCAUUAAAUGGAUCAUCCCCAGCAGCUGCAUCAAAGAACAAGCCACAGUCACCUCAUUACUAUGAGGUAAUGGAAUUUGAUCCUCUGGCUCCCACUGAAGCUAUUUAUGAAGAAAUUGAUGUUGUGCUGAAGACAGAAGUUAAGUAGAAUACAGAAUGCUGAAGGUGGAGGUGAAGUCUUUUACUGGACACACAUUAUUUUCUGAUGCUGGUUCUGCAUGGUGCUUCCUGUCCUGUACAAGUGAAUAACAACAGGUUUUAGAUUUGGACACAGUAGAUGAGUAUUGGAAUGCUAAGCUGUGAUGAAGUUUGAGUUACUUGGAUCUGCACCUUGAUAAUUUGUUUUAAAUGUUCAACAGUGGAUUCCUCAAGGUGACUAACAUGAUUGUUUUCAAGUAUUUUUGAGGCCUUUAAAAUAUGAUUUCUAAUAUGUAGUUAUACUUGAUACAUGUCUGAAGAGACAGUGUUACUUUCCUGCAGUCAUUUUCUGAAUAUGGAUUUUUUUUCUUCCUAAAAGCCUGCAAUAUAGUUGUAUUUCUGUCUUGGAAAGUAUCAGAGCUGGGACAUGAGGUGCUCUCAUCCAUGGUUAACAGAACAGAAAAAAACCUGUUUAUUCCUACACUGUUGCUUUUCUUUACUCAGUAAAUAUUGGAGGGGAAUCGAUCAUUUCUUUCCAUGUUCCUGACCUGCAGAUUGCUGUUCUGGUGAAGGAAAAAAUAAUCAUCUACAAUGCAGAUGAGCAAUAGUUACCCAUUUAUUUUACUCAAGGUAUUUAACUCUGUUAAUAAUAGUUUUAUCUUUAAAUAAUUAAAGUGCCUUAUCUAUUUGAAUGCUGAAUGUAAAAUGUGCACUUUAACGAGUACAGUACUCUGAACUUAUAAUUCACAUAAAGUUUGAGCACUUAGUUCACAUUCAUGGCUGAUAUGCUAUUUUUUGUGAAAUACUGCAUUUUAAGUGUUCAUUGUGGUAACUCUUUAAGUGAUACAAAGUUCUCAGUUGGUUAUGCAAUUUUUGUAG